CGUGUCAACGUCGACUUGCCGACUCGUUGUUAAUAAUAAGGAGCUGUUUGGUCCGACCUUUUUUCUUCCAUGGAGGAAGAGAAUUGCUGAGUUUCUUCUUUCCCUAGCAAAUUAGAAAAUUCAGCAAAUAUGGCUGCAGCUCCAGGCUCGAUCAGCACGCCUGAAGAGGCCGUUGCGAGAAUCGCCUACAUUUCCAGUGACGUUGUGAUCUCGGUACAGCCUUCAUUGGCCACUGAGAACGACUUUUCCAAAUAUCUCAAGUCAGCGGCCGCUCGUAAAGAGCCAAGUUUGGUCGCAAAGAACUCGGACAAUGUCCCCGAGAUCCAGAGCGUCAGGCACAAUGCCGACCCUUUACUUUCAGUCUUCACUCCCAUCCGAUCAGGACGCUUUGUCUCCGUGACUACAACCUCGAACAUACUUCUUCCCUCCAUCGCCCACCUCUACAAGCUGGCUGAAUACCCCGUUGUCAUUCACGUCGCUCUCCACCCCGACAGAUUUCCCGAUUUCUCUUCCAUCACUGCCAUAAGGAAUUCAGGAUGGACCUUUUUGCAGUCCGAGUCGAUCCAGGAGGCCCAGGACAUGGCCGUGACAGCCCAUGCCCUCGCCAUCAAGUCUGGCAAGGGUGUCAUCCACUUCUAUAGCCCCUGGGUGCUGUCAAACGAUGAGCCGGUCGAAAGGGAGGGAUUGGCAGUCAUUCGCGAGAUCCUGGAUAUCGAUAGCGUCCGCCGUUACCAGGCUGCCCCGACAUCGGCCUCGGGUCUCUAUGCCGACGACGGAAGGACUGUGCUGGCCAGCGAUCAGCCGGAGCAGGUUCGCAGCGGAGCCACAUCGGCACCACUGAAUGGGCUUAGCUCCGGUGCCAUCUCGCAUGCUACAUCGCAGGCCAACUCAUCUCAGGUCUCUGUGAAGUCCAGCGAGAACAGCACAUCUGCCACCCCACACAGCACCUCGAGUGCCACCACAAUCGAGGCACCACCAACCGCAGUUUCAUCUGACGACAUCUACAAGUAUGUCACGAGCAUAUGGGCUCAGCUGGAGAGCUUAACUGGGAGAAAGUACAGCCCCUUCGAGUACUCGGGUCCCCCCACGGCCGAGAACUGCCUGUUUGUCUUCGGUGCCGAUGCUGGUCUGCUGGGAAGUGCAAUAGAUGAGGCCAAAUCAAGCGACAUCUACGCCAAGGCAGGAAUCCUCACUCCAAGAUUGUAUAGGCCAUGGCUUGGUGCGAAGCUUCUGGAGGCCAUCCCGAAGUCCGUCAAGAAGAUUGCAGUCCUGGAGCAAAUCAGCAAGCGAACAACCAAAUGGGGCCCCAUCCUCAUUGACGUUCUGACUUCCGUCAAGAGCGGCCCAGGAGGAGUGGAGACCAUUGUGGGCUACCAUGUCGGAUACAUCAACAAUGAAACUGUCAAACAGGCUCUGCGUGGUAUCUGCCAGAAUUUGGCCUUGGACAAACCGGUGCAGAACCUUGAGGUUGGCUCUCGAGAGGGUCCCCAGGAAGACGACAAAUAUGCGCUGGAGAAGCCCAAGCUUGAGACGGCGUAUACGAAGAUCUUGGACCAGCUCUUUGGGACCAGACUAUACAUGGCCAACGCCAUCGGGUCAGACAAUGCGGGCAUCUCUGCUACCAUUUCAGCUACCCCCGAGUUUGGUUUUGGAGCACUACUUGCGCGCAAAGAGCACAGGCACCGCUUUCUGAACGAGGCCAAGGAGGCAGCAACCUCGGGUGCUUUUCUGACUGAAAAGCCCAAGAGGUUACUCACCAACUGGGCUAUCCACUCUGAUGACCCCAAGAAAAUUGACGCGGCAGCUGAGGAUCUGAUUUCAGAGCUCACUUUGGAAAACUCCACUGCUGCUCGCAAGCUUCUUAAGGACCAAGCCUUCUUCAGGAGGCAAUCGCUAUGGCUUGUCGGCUCAGAUGCAUGGGCAUACGAUCUGGGCAACUCUGGCGUGCAUCACGUGCUGGCUUCGGGCGAGAACGUCAACAUGCUGAUCAUUGACUCUCAGCCCUACUCGGAGCAUACUGCGGCUGAUGCCAACAAGAGGAAGAAGGAUAUUGGAUUAUAUGCGAUGAACUUCGGGAACGCUUACGUCGCGUCUGUGGCCGCGUACAGCUCAUACACGCAGGUCCUGCAGGCCAUGGACGAGGCAGACAAGUUCAACGGACCUUCGAUCGUUCUGGCGUACCUGCCGUACAAUGGCGAGCACGACUCUCCCCUGACCGUCUUGCAAGAGACUAAGAAGGCUGUCGAUCUUGGCUACUGGCCGCUCUACAGAUGGAACCCUGAUAACGAGAAGAAGGGCCUUCCCACCUUCUCUCUCGAUUCGGAAAGGAUCAAGAAGGAGCUGAAGGCCUUCCUUGACAGGGAUAACCACCUGACACAGUUGAUGAAGAAGGAGCCAACCUUUGGUGCUAAUCUCGCACAAGACUUUGGUACCGAGGUGCGUGCGCAACAGAAGAGGCGAGCUCGGGAUGCUUAUAACCAGCUGCUCGAGGGUCUGUUCGGCGCCCCCCUUACGAUUCUGUUUGGAUCAGAUAACGGCAAUGCUCAGUCUCUUGCCAAACGCCUUGGCAACAGGGGCCGUCAACGAGGUCUGAAGACGACAGUGAUGGCGAUGGAAGACUACCCCGUCGAGGAUCUGCCUACGGAGGAGAACAUUGUCAUCUUGACCUCUACAGCUGGUCAGGGAGAAUUCCCACAGAACGGCAAGCCCUUCUGGGAUGCCAUUAAGGAUAGCACCGAGCUUGAUCUCGCAUCAGUGCGCUUCUCGGUGUUUGCCCUGGGUGACAGCCACUACUGGCCAAGAAAGGAGGACAAGAUCUACUACAACAAGCCUGGUAAAGAUCUGGACAGGUUGCUGGCCAACUUUGGUGCCCAGAGACUGGCUGAGAUUGGUCUCGGAGACGACCAGGAUCCGGAUGGAUACCAGACGGGCUAUGCUGAAUGGGAGCCGAAGAUCUGGCAGGCGCUUGGCGUGGAUAAUGUUGAGGGACUGCCGGAGGAGCCUGCCCCAAUCACGAACGAGGACAUCAAGCUUGCUUCCAACUACCUCAGAGGUACCAUUGUUGAAGGCCUGAACGACACCAGCACUGGAGCCAUAUCUGCUGCCGACUCGCAGUUGACCAAGUUCCACGGCACUUACAUGCAGGAUGACCGUGAUAUCAGGGACGAGCGCAAGGCACAGGGCCUCGAGCCUGCCUACUCAUUCAUGAUUCGUUGUCGCCUUCCCGGAGGUGUAUCGACGCCAGAGCAAUGGGUCCAGAUGGACGACAUUGCUACCAAGCUUGGCAACGAGACCAUGAAGCUGACCACGCGCCAGACUUUCCAGUUCCACGGUGUGGUGAAGGGUAAACUCAAGCCAGCGAUGCAGGCUAUCAACAGAGCGCUGAUGACGACGAUCGCCGCAUGUGGUGACGUGAACCGAAACGUCAUGUGUAGCUCCCUCCCGACCCAGUCAGAGUAUCACCGUGAAGUUUACGCUUGCUCUCAGAAGAUCAGUGACCACCUGCUCCCAUCCACAACGGCUUACCAUGAGAUUUGGUUGACGGAUGACAACGACAAGAAGACAAUGGUGGCUGGUGAUGCAGUCCAGGACUUUGAGCCUCUGUACGGACCGACGUAUCUCCCCAGGAAGUUCAAGAUCACCAUCGCAAUCCCACCUCACAACGAUACCGACGUCUACGCCCACGACAUCGGCUUGAUUGCUAUCAAGGGCAAGGACGGUCACCUCGAGGGCUUCAACCUGCUCGCUGGUGGUGGCAUGGGAGCCACCCACAACAACAAAAAGACUUACCCGCAAACUGGGCGCAGCUUUGGAUACGUUUCCAAGGACCAGGUGCACAUCGCCUGUGAGAAGGUCAUGCUCGUGCAGCGCGACCAUGGUGACCGCAAGAACAGGAAACACGCGCGUCUCAAGUAUACCAUCGACGACAUGGGCGUGGAUGUCUUCAAGGGCAAGGUCGAGGAGCUUUGGGGCCAGAAGUUUGAGGAGGCAAGGCCAUUCCACUUUGACUCCAACAUUGAUACCUUUGGCUGGCAGCGUGACGAGAAGGGAUUGAACCACUUCACUCUCUUCAUCGAGAACGGACGCAUUGAGGACACCGCAGAGUUCCAAAUGAAGACGGGUCUGAGGGAGAUUGCAAAGGUGCACAAGGGCGAGUUCAGACUCACUGGCAACCAGCACGUCAUCCUGAGCAACGUGGCAGACGAGGACCUCGACAACAUGAAGGCACUGCUGAAGAAGUACAAGCUUGACAACAUCCAAUUCUCUGGCUUGCGUCUGAGUUCGUCAGCUUGCGUCGCCUUCCCGACCUGCGGUCUCGCCAUGGCCGAGUCUGAGCGGUACCUCCCUGUGCUGAUCGACAAGCUUGAGGCUUGUCUUGAGGAGAACGGACUGAAGCAAGACUCGAUCGUGAUGCGCAUGACGGGUUGCCCGAACGGAUGUGCCAGGCCUUGGCUGGCCGAGGUGGCCUUUGUCGGCAAGGCCUAUGGUGCAUACAACAUGUACUUGGGAGGUGGUUACCACGGACAGCGCUUGAACAAGCUGUACCGCUCAUCGAUCAAGGAGGAUGAGAUCCUAGCUAUCAUGAAGCCUCUUCUCAAGCGUUAUGCGCUGGAGCGUGAGGAGGGCGAGAGGUUCGGUGACUUUUGCAUCAGGGCCGGCGUUAUCAAGGCCACCACUGAUGGACAAAACUUCCACAACGAUGUUGCUGAGGAGGAAUCCGAUGAAGAGUAGUGAGGCUAGGUCAGCCUUUGUCAUUCUCAUCUUUCACAUUAUCUGCUGCAGCAUAGCCAUGUUUUAUUUAGAUAUCCCAAUGAAGAAAAGAAAAAAAGAUCACGGGGCGAAAGGGUUCUGGGUUUAUAUAUCAGAUUAUGGAUUUUAUGUCAUAUAUCUACAAAUUUAUACAAGGACAUAAUGACUUCAAGGGGAAUACAUUUUUUUUUUUUUUUUUUGCCUUUCUUGCUGCUUUCAACCCAUUUUGUAUUUCUCAUCAUAUGGAGCUUCAAAUUACUCAUUUAUC